GUAAAGUGUAUGAAAUUUAAAUCUGUCAUUGUGAUUUUAUUGUCAUAUUAUUUUAUAUUCCUUGCAUUCUCAUUUGUAAUCAUGUCACGUUUUCGAGAUAUUUUCAUUAUUAAUUAGUAAAGUUACAAUCAAAGUGAUAUCCUAAUUUAAUUAGUUUUAUUCUAUUAAAAGAAGUAGUCAUAAUACUAAAAUACUGAUAUUGCGCUUUCAUUGCGUUACGAGGUAUACAGAAUGGCUUGCGUUGAAAAUAUACCACCAAGGAAUGCCGAUUCGGAGAUGGAAGAAGGCGAAAUAGUUGAUGACCUCGAUGAUCUUUCGGAUAUAUCGUCAGAUGAGGAGUUUCUACUGCGUCAGAGAUUACAUGUUCUUGAAACCUACAACAAUGUCCUUGAGAGAAAGAAAGCCAAUAGCAUAUCAAUUGGAUCAGAUUUAGAUGACAACAACCCAAAUUUAAAAAAAAUUAGCAAUAACAAACAUCCUAAAUCACAUUCUAAACAAAAAAGAAAAAAAGAGUUUUCACCUAUCAGAAUUUCAACACGAAAUAAGGAAUAUAAAAAAAAGAGUCAUCGCAAGAAAAAAUUACAAACCAAAGUAAUAAGUGAAACAAGCGAAGAAUCAGAUGAUGAGUAUAGGAAUAAAAGAAGAAAAUUAGCUAAUGCUGUUUCAAUUAACAAAAUUAAAAAUGACACAUCUUUAAGUACUAGAUUGAAAAAAAUGCUUCAUAAUUCACAAGACUUAGAGCCUUUAAGAUUCAUUGAGAGCAAUGAAAUUGAAGCAAAUAGCAAUUUUAAAACAGUAGAAGACAAUUUGGUUAAUUCUCCUUUAUACAAGGAAACUUAUAAAUCUAGCAGUUUAAUUAAUGAAGUGCAAAAAGAUUUCGUAAAAAAUGCAGUUGAAAUAUGUGAGUUAAUAGAUUUAAGCAAUGAUGAUGAUAUAAAAUCUAAUCCAAUGCAGGAUACUAUUGAUUCUGCUGUUGCAGAAAAAAAUGUUGAACAUAAUAAUGAAAAAACUGUAGGCGACUCUGAUGAAGAUUUAGAAUUAUUAAGACAACAUGCCCUCAAGACAAAGUCUACAAAAGUUAAAGUAUCUCAAUCUGAAAUUGAACCUGAAAAUAAAUUAUUAUCUGAGGAUGAUGAUACAUAUACUGCUGAAUUAAGGUUAAUUUGUCUAAAGUCAGCGUAUUUAAAAAAGGCUAUUGAAAUAAAAAGAAAACAGAAGUUGAAGAAAAGACUUUCACAGUCUUCCAUUUUACAAGAUGAUAUUAUUACUGGGGAAGAUAUCUUAUCUAAUCAAAUCGAAUCACAGAAUAAUACUGAUAUAGAAUCAGUAGAUAUGGACAUAGGGUCUGACGGUGAUGAAAAAAUAAAAGAGUUAGGAAUUGAUAGUGCUAAACUUAACACAGAAAAUGAAGUUAAUUGUGAUAGUAAUGAUGAUAAACAUAUUAUAAUAAAAUCAAAGGAGGAUGAGUUAGAUGAGGAUGAAGAUUUGUUACGAGCCAAAUUAUUGACCUCUUUGAGUAAAAAUUUACCUAAUCUCAUAAAUUCUAAUAUUAUAAAUACCAUUGAGGAAGCUGCACAAGAAAAUAAAGCGAUAUCAACGGAUAAGCAACAAAUUACUAGUGUAUCUGAACAAAAGAGGUUUAUUAUCAAACUUGGAGAAUCAGAUUCAGAGGGUGAACAUGAGGCAACCAAAAAUUUAACUAAAAUGCACAUGAAACAGCAGCAAUCGGAUUUUGAACAACAACUUGAUAUGUUUUUAAAGUUUACUCGUAUGAAAGUUGAAAACCAAGAAAAUCCAAGUACUCAGCUAUCUGCACCAGUAAAGCCAUCUGAAAAAUUUGUUGCAAAGUCUGUAAAAAAUUUGCCCAAAUCGGAACAGCUUGAAUAUAAGAAUUUAGUGAAAAGAAUGGCGGAGUUGGAGAAAAUUAAGAAAGCCAGGCAAUCAUCAAUGAACCUUGUAAAUAAAGAGAAAGUUCUCUUAAAAGAAACUUUGAAGCCACACAAUGUUUCCAUGGACACUAUUAACACUUCAAGUAAUAUAGAUGAACAAAUUGCUUUGUCAAGGAAAAAAAUUGCAGAAGAGUCAGCAAAUAUGUUAAGACUGAAAGAGGAGGCGACUAAACUGUCUCAGAAAUAUAAAAUAGUUGCCACAGAACUUAGAAAUAUAACAACUGCUAUUACAUUAAACAAAAAACAACAAAGAGUUGCGCAAAAUCGAUUAUCUAAAAUAAGACUGCACCAUCAAGCUCUAUUAAAAAGCUCAAAUUUUAAACAUUCCAAAAAGAAUGGUAUUGGAGUAGAUAUGUCUCGGGCAAUUAAUAAAAAUAAUACAGCAAAUAAAGUACAAAAAGAAAAUAACCCAACUAAAGAAGACUACAAGAAUCCCCAAUUAUUAAAGUCGGUGAAAGUUAGUGUUGUCAAUGAUUUAAAAGAUACCACAGUACUUAAUCCUAGGUUAUCGGUCCAAGUGGAUAUUACUAAUAACAAGAAAGUAGUUAGAAUGCCCAAUAGUCCAGUCAAAAAUACUAGUGAUUUAGCAAAUACUUUUGACAAUGAAGCAAUAAGUAUAGAAAAACAAAAUGAAAACGAAAUGUUAGAAGAAAAUGAUAAUAAUAUUUGUCAGAGGGUUGAUAAAAGUACUGAAAGAAGAAACAGUAGGGAAAUUAUGAAUGAUACGAGUCAAGGAAACAGACGGAAGAAGAAGGACGCGGAUGAUUAUAUAUCUCCAUUAGAUAUUGGAAAGUGUUAUCAUAGAAAAACAAGAGAAUGUGCAUGUUUCUAUUAUCCGUUAUAUCGAUUUGAAUGAAAGGUGGAUGGGAAAUGCGUACGCACAUCGUUCUGCAGUACGAUUUGGAAGGAGGACCCGAAUGCCUUUCUUUGCCCCUUCGAAAUCGGAGGGAGUUGCAAGGACACCGACUGCACAAAUUUACAUCUAAACAGACUUUCAGGACAGUGACAUACAUUUACAAUUUCAUUAAACAACACACACUGCCACACUCACACAUACAUUACUCAAACAAAUAUAUAUUACUCUGAUAAAUAUUAUCAUACACUAUACAUCCUCCGACCGCAAAUGGAUCUACGAUGAUGUGUAAAGUAUAUAUAAAGAUUUUUUUUUAAAUUCCAUCUAUAUAUAAUAGGUUUUGUAAGCAUGCUUCUUUCUUCACUUAUCCAUUAAAUGUGAAAAGAUAAUAAUGCCAUUAAUAUCAAACGUGAUAUAUUUUAAUUGUAUAAUAUUAUUAUUUAUCUUACAUUAAAUUCCAUUUUGUGAUAGUAACAGAUUAAUUAGAUAUAACCGUAAGGUGAAUGUAAUCAGUUAAUUUAAAUGUUUUAAUAAUUUUUAUGCUUGUAGCUGUUUUUGUUGUUAAAUUAUAAUUGAAUGUUAUGUUAUAUAUUUUUGCACCAAAGAUAUUUUUAUUUUUCUAAUUUUUUUUUUUAAAGUUAUGUAGGUGUCUAUUUUUCAUCAAUCACCACUUAAUUAUUAGGGCAUAUACAUAUCAAUAAAAUUCGUUUGCAAGUGUGCUCAACACUCAAGUUUAAUUUGUAAAAAUUAUUUAACUGCAUUAAAUUGAUUUGUGUAUGCCCAAAAUGGGUGGUCUUUUUUUCUUCUAGCAUAUAAUAUGUUGCGUUUUAGUUGGCGUCGCUUGGUUGUGUCAUCGCACCGCCCGGCAGUGGUAAGUUUCAAGUAACUAUAUUAUUGAGUAGUGUACCAAAUAUCGUGCCAUGUGACACCUGUGACAUCGAGCUGCUGGACUUUCGGUACGCAAACAUAGCUUUAAGAUUAUUUCAUACGUUGAAAUUUAAAAUACAUAGUGUACACAGUGUAAAAAGUUAUGAUAAAAAUAAAAUAUAUAAAAUUUAUUGUAAA